UCAGUGAGUAGCAUGACUGUAUAUAAGCAAACUGCUCCGCUGAAUGUUCAGAUUCUCUCUACCCAGUAAACUUGGAAUCCUUCCUACCUGCUAAAACUAUGUCUGGACGUGGUAAAACCGGCGGUAAGGCCAGAGCAAAGGCUAAGACUCGCUCUUCUCGGGCAGGGUUGCAGUUUCCAGUCGGACGUGUGCACAGGCUGCUGCGUAAAGGAAACUAUGCCCAGCGUGUCGGUGCCGGCGCACCCGUCUAUCUGGCGGCUGUGCUCGAGUACCUGACCGCUGAGAUUCUCGAGUUGGCCGGCAACGCUGCUCGCGACAACAAGAAGACCAGGAUCAUCCCCCGCCAUCUGCAGCUGGCUGUCCGCAAUGACGAAGAGCUGAACAAACUCUUGGGCGGGGUGACCAUCGCCCAGGGCGGCGUCUUGCCUAACAUCCAGGCAGUUUUGUUGCCCAAGAAAACCGAGAAGGCAGCUAAAGCCAAGUAAAGACUGACGGUAACUUCAAUGCCCAAAAAGGCUCUUUUAAGAGCCACACACUUAAUCAGUGAAGAGUACAUUCUUUGAAAAAUCUAUCAAGUCAUAAUAUGAAAGGUUUGGGGAUAGCGAAAUUGGGUUAAGUCUUCAAUAUUUGCUAGUCAAAAUUCUUAUCAGUCCUGGUCCACAUAAUUUAAAUAUAUAGCUUAUCAAGGUUUAUACAGAAAGUCACACUUCAGCUUUUACUAAAAAUUAAGUAAUAAUAAUAAUUGUGUUCAAGUAUGUAACACUUGGUAUCAGGGUAACUGGAACACGUGAAACGCCUAUCGAUACUGAAACGUCUAAUAAACCCUGUGAAACUGCUUUAAA